AUGGUGGUGGUGGAGGUGAAGGCGGUGCCUGGGAAAGGGCAGGGGCUGGUGGUCGUUGGGGGCCGACUGGGGGCCGGGACGGCGAUUCGGCAGGCUUUGCCGGUGGUGGCAGUGGUGGAGGAUGAUGAGCGGUUUCGUCGCUGUGCUGGGUGUGGGCUUUCGGUGGAUCGAGCGCUGGCGUACGGGCAUCCGGGGGCGCAGGCCGCCGUCGAGAUGACCGGGGAUCGGCCGAGCUGGAAGCGGUGCUCGCGAUGCAAGAACAUUGCCUAUUGCUCACCGGGGUGCCAAAAACGGGACUGGAAGGCACACAAGCGCGAAUGCGCCAGCUUUAACAAGCUCAUGCCCAACACGUUUGGGUGGUGUGAUACUUUUGACAUGAGCUCCUUUGGUGCCGUUGUCUACGCCGAGCUGAGUCGCGCCAAUCAUUCUUGUCAACCCAACGCUGCCGUCGUUUACAACGGAGCGGCGGCGGUGUUGCGGAGCAUGCGCGACAUCCCUGAGGGCGAGGAGGUUUGCAUUUCCUAUGUGGACCCGACGCUGGCGCGUGAUGUCCGCCGGCGUGAGCUGGUGCAGUCCUAUGGCUUUGCCUGUGACUGUGCCCGCUGCGCGACCGAGGCAAGUCAAGACCCAGAUGCUGGGGUGAAGGAUGUAGCUGCCUGGAAACAAGCUCAGGCCGACAUUGACGCCGAGCUCAGUCAGGGCCGGGUGGUCAAGCCUUUGGAAGUAUGGGCCACGGCAAAGCACUUGGCGCCCGACAGUAACACGGCGAAGAUGGCGAUCAGUCGGCGACUGCUGGAUGCUACCCUAUCCCUACAGAUGUAUCGUGAGGUGGGUGCCUCGGACCUGGCAGUUCACACGAGCACUUGCGAGCUGCUCACCCUGGCGCAGCUACAAUUUGAGCUGGGCCAGCCGGAGGGCCCGGAGACUUUGCAUCACGCCAAGACCAUGCUUGAGCUGGUCUUUGGCAUGGAUCAUCCCAUUCGAGCACAGAUCAAUCUUGGUAUGCCGCCCUUGUAA